CCUGUUGGUGGGACGUGUAAUGGCGACAGACAACAAACAUCGCGAAAUUUGAAUGUAGAAUUCGCGCGGCAUGUCUGAUUUUGUCGGUUACUUUUUCCUUUUUUUUUUAAUGUAAAACAUUUCAUCGGAUAUGUUUGUUGACAUUUUUUUAAUAUGGUGUGUGAUUUGUGAGUGAUGGUACUCUCGAUUUAGUGUAGUACUGUGAUGAGUGGUGAUUUUUAGUUUGUACAGAUUUUGUAAUUUAAAGAUAUUGACAUGAUUCGAUUGCUGUAGAAAUUUUGAGACUUCUGAUCGAAAAUUUGGACAGACAGUUUUGGCAGUUCUCUUUUGAUGUUAACCUGACACUUCCCAAAGAAUUCUGAAAAGGCAGAAGCAGGUGAAAUUCUGAAGGUGCAAAUCCAGGCCAAACACUCAAUGUUCAGAUUACUCCAGCCGAGGUAACACGAAGCAAAAUAAAAAUGACUAUAAACUUAAGUGCGAAGCGUGAACAGAUGUAAUGUGAGCUUUGUGCCAAAACAAUGAUUUGUAAAGAACUAAAACUGCUGUAUGCCACUGUUGUUCUGUUGCUUGAAGCGGAGUUAUUAGUGAACACAAGUGCUAUGGAGUCAUCGAUAUUAACAACGCAGAAUCCUGAUCUGUCUUUGGAGAUUUGUACGAUGAAGAAUCAGCAGAGGCUUGGAAGUGUUUUUGGUAAUUUCACGAGACAUCACAAAAAAGGUCACAGGAGAAGAACGACAACAACAACAAGUACAACAACAGAAUCAAUCAACUCAACGAUCAUUGAUGAUAAUGAAAGUUCACUAUACACUACUAGUACAUAUAGCAGCACAUAUCUUAACCUGCCUAAAUCAAUACGGCUAACUGCAAAAGAAGACUAUGCAGGCAAUGUAAAUAUAGAUAAUACCAUUGAAGAUAAAUUUGCUGGUGAAGGGCAUCACAAAUACGAUAGAAUAUUAGAUAAAGAAGUCGUUGAAAAUAUUGAUGAAACAUCACUAUCAAAGUCUAUAAGUAAAGUAAAAAAAAUGUACAGAGAUUCAACUGCUUCGGCAGUAAAUAAGUUAAGUAGUAAAGGUAGUAAAAAUGGUAUAUUUUUGACAGAAAAUUGUACGACAGUUAUAGCGCAAAUUGGAACAACAGCGAUAUUGCAUUGCGAAGUUAGUGAUAUCACAGAAAAUACGGUAACGUGGAUAAGAAGAAAAGAUUAUUCAUUGUUGUCCGUUGGGCUUGUAACAUACAGCGCGGACAGCAGAUUCCUAUCCGCUCAUGGCCGACAUGUAAAGGACUGGGCGUUACACAUACGAUUCGCAACGUCGGCAGAUGGCGGCUACUACGAAUGUCAGGUGCCAACACAUCCUCCAACAAGCAUUUUCUUUAAACUAGUUUUAGUUGCUGCCUAUGCAGAAAUUGUUGGUGAAUCAGAGAAGAUAAUUCACGAGGGUUCCAUGCUGAAAUUAGUGUGUGUUGUGAAGAGAUCAACGGAACCACCCUCGUAUGUCUUCUGGUACUUCGAGAACAGAAUGAUCAACUAUGAUUUAAAUGGUGUGAGCGUCCAUAACGGAAGACAUACCAGUGAACUGAUGAUAGACACAGCAGAACCUCGUCAUGCUGGUAACUACACCUGUGUACCAGCCAAUGCGAAGGCGGCUUCAGUUACUGUCCAUGUUAUACAAAGUGAAACACCAGCUGCGAUGCAGCACGGUAAUAACUCCUCAACAACCUCCAACUGUGUUUAUUUCGUGAAGUAUUUAAUAAUAUUUUUAUCUCUGCGAACAAUUUUCGCAGAACUCAAAAAUUAAAUACGCCUGUUAAAUAUUUAACUCACAAAUUUCACUUGUUGAAGACACUUGCUCAUAUUAUUAGGAACAAAAUAUAUCAUAUAAUGAGUUUCUUGCUACUUCUUCUCAUUAGCUUAACCCUUUACGAAGUAGCGGUAGAUUCAAUAAGAAAAAAUUUUAUUUUGACAUUCAUAUGUGUCAUUUCCGUGACUUACCUGAAUAAAGUGAUUUUGAUUUGAUUAAUAUUGUUUAUCUAAUUUAUGGAUUAUGUUCUUGCUUAUUUAAAAAUUGGAGAGGAUAAAGGGUCUGUCGAGUUGAAACAAGUUGCUCAUAUGAUAAAAUCUAAGAUCAUUUAUGCGUCUAGAUAGACUGUUACAGCUGUGAAAAUGUAUAAAAAUGUUGAGGUUGAUCGUUAACCUCUAUUAUGACCAAUGCACGCAUACUAACACAAAGUGACAUACAUAUCGCGAGUGUAAGACGUAGCUUGUCAAGCACACCAAAAUAAUAAACCUGGCCUGUUUUCAUCAGUUGUCUGGUAGCAAGAGGCUCUUAUCUAUAUCUACAUCUGUUGGAAGUCCUAUAUAGCAUUGUUUCACUGACCAUGGCUCAUACGAAUUUGCGAUACAAUUUCAACGCUCGGAUGAAUACAUAUUAUUGAUAAAACGCUCAAACGGGAACUAGUUAACUAUAGUUCUUUAUUUAAAUCUCGACCGACGCAACGCGAUAAUCGUUGGUUUGUAUUUGCGAUGGUUAGUUAAGACGAACACUUAAAAGUUUCGUACCUGAUUAAUGUUAAUAAACAAAUUAUUACUGCAUUAAAAUUGUUCAAACUGUCUAUAUAUACUUAAAAUGUGGAACUUAAAUUGAGAAGAAUACUUAAAAAAAUACUUAUAUUCAUUAAAACGUAAUAUUGUUUACAUGAGAUGUGUCAUAAGUGUCAUUUUGUCACUUAUCUGUCAUAUUUUUUCUAUUCAAUUUCCGGUAACAUUAUUAUGUUACCUGCGGCUGCUUAUUAGCAGCAGCAAUAAUAGACAAUACAUUCAGCUACAGGUGAAACCCGCUCGUAAGUCGAAAGGGGGGGGGGGUGUGCAAAUGUCGCUGCAACAUUUGAAAGCUACUCAUCUGGGUCACACACUUCACUGGUGGAUACUUCACACCCGGUACAUGUGACAAGGCCUUUAGGGAUUCCUUUAACCCCUCAGAAAAUGUUCCAUGCAAGUACUUGAAUCUAUGCAUGCUCUUACUACGAACAUAAAUACUGACUGACAAACACCAAACUAUGUAUACUGUAAUUUAUUCAUAAUUAUUGAUAGAGAUAUCUUUAAAUUGAAAUAAGUGUAAAUAAUUUUCUGCUAUCCUUUUCAAGAAAUUAUUACAAUAAACUAUCUUAAGCGGGGUUUUCACUAUCUGCGUACACUCUGAUCGAGUGCACUCGUAAGUGGAAGGCAACAUAAAAGUAUCCUUCUGAUUUACAUAUACUCGAGUCCAGUGAUUGCCUUAUUAAACAUUAUAUAUGAUAUAACUAAUAGGUGCUAGGUAUGUACUUAAGUAGUAACACAUAGCUUAAUGGCUGAAAUAUUAAGUUAGUAAUAAAAUAAUUGUUCUACCCGCAGCCACACUAAGUCUUUUGAUUGAGUGCUACAAAUGAUUUCGUCCCUAAUAAAUGUGGAGGUAAAGGAAUUAAUUUACAUUUUAUUUAUUAACUUUAAACUCGAGAUCAAUAAAGUACCUAAAAAUACAGAUAUGACGAAGUAAUACCUGUUAGAGCCAAACUAAUAGUUCACCACUUUUUCUCAGAUGACGCCAUUUUGUUUCAUUAAAAUAAUUCGAGUGCACUCGGAAUGUAAGAGCCCCGCUAUACCACAGAAUGUAAUAAAAGUAAUCAGGUUUCUUCCUUUUUUUUGUAAAAUAAAUUGUAAUUAUCCAUUUAUGAAGAUUUGUAUAUUAAGGAGACAAUAACUCUGUUGAAUUGCAACUAAUAUUUUAUCCGGUUAAAAUAAUGGUGUAUUAAUAUAAUAUCAUUAAAUGUCGUCCUAAUAAAGAUAAUGUGUUAAGAAUAUAGAUUUAUAAAAUUGUAAAUAUAGAAUUCUCAAUAAAGAUGAUAAUCAUAUGAAUAUAAUAUCAAUAUAUAUAUUAUAGUACCGUCGAAGAUUUUAUAUACCUAAUCUAUUAUAUAUUUAUGCUGUUAUUAUGUUAAUGGAAAAAGUCAUGAUUGAAAAACAAAAUUUAUAAUUUCGUCAUUACUCGAGUUCGUUGACGCGGUUGAAAUAAGAUUCAUUUAUUUAAUAAAGAAGGUUCAUUCAGAAAUCGUGAACUCUUUGAUUAAUUUCAUAUUUUUUUUAAAUGAGAACGAAACUAUAAAAGAGUUAAGGAUUUCCUGAGCUUUCAAACACAAACAUCUAUUUUAAUGUGAAUUAUUUUCUUUAUAAAUAAAGCCAACUGUCAGUAUAUAAUAUUAUGCUACCAAAGCAUGCUAUCAGUAUAUCUUGAAGUAAAUUUGUUUUUAUGUCUUUUUUAUUAAAUUUAAAAAGUGUUUUGUUAUAUUAUUGCUACUCUUAGAUUGAGGAUUGGUCUCCGCUGCGCUCCAACUACAUUCCGCACUACCUAAGAACAAUAGCUUAUUUACUACGGCAACUAUUAGAUGCUUGUGUGCGUGGCAUCUUGACACUCAAUGACAUCUUUCAAUUUUAGUAACAAACGCUUCGAGUUAUUUAUCAUUGAAAUUAAUAAACUACAUACUGAUGAUAAUUAAUGUGAUCCCAGUGUCUUUCUUAUUUAUUGUAGUAUUAUUAUUACAAAGAUUUCGUAUGAUUCCCGGCAUUUUAGUUUCAAUUAUUAGCAAAGCUUAACAGAACAUGAGGCACGUCAACGUCAUACAUUGUUCGAGACGGGCACGAGUACUCUGGCACGAGUACUCCCACUUGGGCGUAGUAUUAGUUGCCGCACUUUGCGACUACGCCCUGCAGUAUUUAAUAGGAGCGUAGCGGAGACCAAUCCUUAAUGUAAGUUAGUACUACUUGUAUUAUAAUAUAAUUAGUGACAGUCAUAUUAUUUUCAUUGUACUAAGCUCUUAUAUACUGUUAAAAUAUCAAGUCGACAAUAGUGUUCAGUUGUAAAAAUCAUAUUGUAUUCUUAAUGUAAAGUUGUCUAUACCAUUAUAAUAAAUGAUUUUCAAUUAAAGUGCCAAUUC